AAAAAGCUGUGUAGUUGGCUCCCACCUGGUUUGGAAGAGUCCAAGGAAGCGGCUCUCACAGUCCCGGCUCCUUCCACGCCCCUCCUCCCCCAUCCUGGUUGGAGCAGUGAAUCUGUGGCUCCCAGGCCAGAGACAAGGCAGACAGAGGUCCGUUUGUGAAGACGCUCCUUCCAGCACCUCCUCUCCUGCCCACACUCACCCAGUGAGCUGGAGCAUUUAAGACGCUUCCUCUGCUCAGAAGACCAAAAGAAAAGAAGAAGAAAAAGAGCCUAAAGCCAGAAUGAAAUUCAUGGUACUUGCUGUCAUCGUCGGGCUAACUUUGCUGCUAAGCGUCCAAGCCAUGCCUGCAAAUCGCCUCUCUUGCUACAGAAAGAUACUAAAAGAUCGCAACUGUCACAGCCUUCCAGAAGGAAUAGCUGACUUGACACAGAUUGAUGUGAAUUUCCAGGAUCACUUCUGGGAUGGGAAGGGAUGUGAGAUGAUCUGUUACUGCAAUUUCAGUGAAUUGCUCUGCUGCCCAAAAGAUGCCUUCUUUGGACCAAAGAUUUCUUUUGUGAUUCCUUGCAACAAUCCCUGAGGACCUUCAUGCAUUCCGGAGAACACCAUCCCUGAUUUCACAUAGAUUGCACUCUAUCAGUGUAACUGCAUUUCUAGUGUCCACCUGGUGCAAUAAAGCACAGAUUCUAUAAAUUCUUACUUGUCUAAGAUAGGUAAACAUGUGUUAAACAAGUAGUAAUAAAAGUUCAUCCAAUUUAAUCU